AUGUGCAAGUUAAUGGCCUUUACCCACCGCCUGGCAUAUACGAGUUUAUACCUCCACGGUAGACAUUUUUGUCUGGACUUGACGUUUAUAAGAGCAGCAUCUCACCCGCUUCAGAUUCGCAAUGACGGCGUCAACAGGCAGAGUUUGAUGGCGAUGAUCCUGCAAAAGCAGCAGGUAGACGUUGAUCGAGAGAUGACAAACCAUCAUCGCCAGAGGGAUCACCCCCGAUCUGUUCUCAAUGUAUCCCUCUGCAACGACAAAUUCGCCACUCGAGAAGAGUCCAUGCAACGAACCUGUACGACGUCGUCCACGCGGCGUGGUAAAUAG